AUGUGGGUACUAUCGGUACACCUAGACGGGGUACAAACCCAGCAGUACCUGCUUGUUCCAGGGACUGAAUACCUCGUUGGAAGGCUGCAGCUGUCAGGAAACCACAUCAGCAUCAACAAAAGCCACGUCAGCAAAAAACAUCUCAGAGUCUGUGUGGGGGAACUUGACACGUCCCGGUUAGACGAUUUCCAAUAUGUGACGCCCCUUGCAGUGACGUUUCUCAGCCAUCUGCCGUCGUUUCUUAAUGGAACCCUUGAUGCAAUUCGGGUGAAGAGUGGCUCUCCUGUAAUCUCCUUGGAAUAUGAUCCCGAAACGGAAACUCCGCUACGCUUGGAACUCCAGAACGAGAUAAUGAUCGGUGCAAGCAAGCACGCGACGCUGAUGAACAUACAGUGGAUUCCGUUUAAUUUAUCGUACCUGUCACGGGAAUCGAUAGAUGGAUGCGCUCCAGACAAGUACAUCAAAACGCAGUUGCCGGUAGGAGUUGCUUUGGAUGUCCGUGCUGCCUCCACAAUGACAGCCGAGACCACCCAUUUCGUAGUGGACGACGCCUCUCCAGCCCUUAACAGCGACACGUCAUUCAAGUUGGUGUACUCACUAGCCUGUCCCACGAUCCGGUUGGUAAGCCACAAGUUCCUAAGGACACUCGUCGAGUCAUGGGUGGGCCACGUGAACCGGGAAACACCGAUCCCGUAUAUUUCAGUUACCCCCAAAGUGGAGUUAGACCGCGCAAUUAUGUUCCCAGUGGGUUCCAGCACUCUGCGGACCACCUUGUUUAUGCACUCCAUCUUUGUGCUUUUUGACAGGCUUCAGUACAAACUAUACAGUGAAAUUUUGCGCAAUUGCGGCUGCGACCAGGUCUUGCUCUUUCCCUUGGACCAAAAUACAGAUGUCUCGCAAUACGCAAAACUACUUGCUACCGGUGUGGGGUCGUUACCGGAGUUUGAGCGUAUCGUCUUGGUGAAUUUACGUUUGGAGAACCCAUCAGAUGUCGCACCAGUGGAUUUGUCACCAUUCUACCAAUUGCUGGUGGCCAUUUACGGAAAAGACAACGUGAUCUUUACUGAGAAUCUGCACAUCUGCGAAAGCAUCAAAAACAUUGACAUUUCCCAAUUGAAAAGUACAAGACCGGCAAAGAGAACCGAGCCUGGAUUGAUAGACGAAAGCGACCCUAAACGGAGGAAGGUUACGAUUUCGGGGAAAUCUGCGCUUGCACGAAGACGCCAAGAGCGAGAGAAGAAGAGAAAAAAUAACGCGAUUGAAUUGUUCUUUAGUCUCGGGGACGCCGAGUCCAAGCCGGAAACACAGCCAUUGCCAGAAUCCGAACCAGAGGUGAUGAAGCAUGUGAGACUACCAGAGGAGAAGAUUGCCGUCUUGGAAGAAGCACAGCCCCAGAAAGCCACCAACUCUCGUACUAUCAUGCUAUCCCAGAUUGAGCGAAAUAACGCCAGGACGGAGGUGAAGGACCACAAGCGCUUGGCGAAUGAGGAGUCGGCUGGGAAACCGGAGGUGAAGCGACGCCGCAAAGUGACGCUCUACGAGGCGAUUAAAAACCAAAAGGACGAUAAGGUCAAGACCGAGGCGGAAGAAAAUAAGGAAAACGACAUUUACGACGAGGAGUAUAUCAAGUCUAUGCGCGAUUUGGCGAUCGUGGAAACCAUGGACGACACGUUUCUUCGCAACAAGGACCGCAUGCUCUCCCUGUCGAAGCUCGACGCCAGGCUCAGAGACCGGGUGUCGAUGAUAAAGCCGGAAUGGAAGGCCAAAAAAAACUUCAAGAAGUUUAUCAAGCGGAGCAGGGCGGAUUCCAGUGAUUCUGCGGAUCCGUCGCGGGCCGCCAAGCAAUACAUCUGGUUGGAGGCGUACGAUUUGGCCCAAAACACCGGCAACAGCGUGGACACGUUUGAGAACGACGGAUACGGGGAACCUCCUGAGGACCGCCGCACUAUUCCAAAGAGUCAAGACGAAGUGGAUAGCAAGGAGGGAGACACCUCCGGCUUCCAGUUUUCCCAUAGAGGAUACAAGACCCCUGCAACUGAGCAGGAAAGUACUAGCCUCUUUGUGGAUGCUUCCGAUUCCGAGGGAGAAGCGCCAAUAUUUGCGAAAGGGCUGCGCGCGGUGUUGAGGGUGCGAACGCCUCCGAGAAAGACCCCCCGUCGAAUGUCCUACGCCGAGAUAGUGGACGAAGAGGACGAUGAUUACGACGAGCCGAAGUUCAGGUUUAAAUCGAGAUAA